AUGAGUUCGUAUUUUGUCAACCCCCUGUUCUCCAAAUACAAAGGCGGCGAGUCCCUGGAACCGACCUAUUAUGACUGCCGGUUCCCCCAGGGCGUGGGGCGAAGCCAUGCCCUGGUAUACGGACCGGGGACCGCGGCGCCCGGCUUCCAGCACCCGUCGCACCACGUCCAAGAUUUCUUCCACCACGGCACCUCCGGGAUCUCCAACCCCGGCUACCAGCAGAACCCCUGCUCUCUGACCUGUCACGGCGACGCCUCCAAGUUCUAUGGCUACGAGAGUCUCCCCCGUCAGUCUCUUUAUGGGGCCCAGCAAGAGACGAGCGUCGUGCAGUAUCCUGACUGUAAAUCGUCUUCCAACAGUAACAGUAACGAGGGACAGGGCCACCUAAAUCAAAAUUCGUCGCCCAGCCUCAUGUUCCCAUGGAUGAGACCGCACGCCCCGGGUCGGCGCAGCGGCCGGCAGACUUACAGCAGAUAUCAAACUCUGGAACUAGAAAAGGAGUUUCUGUUCAACCCUUACUUGACACGCAAGCGGCGGAUCGAGGUGUCUCACGCCCUAGGACUGACCGAGAGACAAGUGAAGAUCUGGUUCCAGAACCGGCGGAUGAAGUGGAAAAAGGAAAAUAACAAGGAUAAACUGCCUGGAGCCCGGGACGAGGAGAAGGCGGAGGAAGAGGGGAACGAAGAAGAGGAGAAAGAAGAGGAAGAAAAAGAAGAAAACAAGGACUGAGGGGAAGAGGGGGGGGAGAGAGAGAUUUUUUUUUUCCUUUAGCAACUCCCUUGAAGUCUGGUUUUAUGGUCGCUGAUAAACCGAAAUGUUUACGACUGCCAUUCGCUUUUAUAGAUGAUAGAAUGAAACACACAACACUAACUACCUGUCAGACACUUGCGAUUCCCCUUUUAUAACCCUUGGCCUUCCCCUAGUUUGGUUAUGGGGUGGGGGGCGCGUGGGGGGCGACAAGACCCUUAGGAAACUUUCUCCCGCCCCCCUCCCAGGCCUCCCCGCUGCCUUCCUACUGUCAGACACUUCCCUCCCCCUUAGGCUGGGUCACCCCACUCUGCAUCCUGGUAUUUAUUUUUGGGGCGCUGCUCCCGGCCCUCCACCCACUCUUCCUCCUGUCUCAUGAAGCCCAGGAGAAUUAGGGAGACCCAUUAUUUGUGACUUCGUGGUAGCGAUAGCUCUCUGUGGGUUGGCUUCGGAAUUCUCCCUUCCUACCCUUCCUCCAUCAUGGAACUGCCCCCUGGCUGGGACAAACCACACUACCGGGUUCUGUGUCCCGCUUCCCUAUCACUGGACCAGACCCCACUCCACCCCUUCCUGGAGGAUACCAGGCCAAGGACCCCCCUAAAACCCAUCCAUCUGUCCCCUUUGU